UAUUUUGGUUUGCGAAAUGAAUAGAGUUAAUGUAGGUGGUUUAUAAUAUUUUCGUUUUUUUUUUCCUAACCAAACUGUGUUGUUUCAGUUGAGUCACCUGUGGCUAAUACCUUCUCAACACUAACCAACCUGAAAUCCACUUUCAGGCGGACAGGCACUUCUCGCUAUUGUGCUGAUUCCAGCUGAUAUAUAAUGGUUGGUUAUGUUUAAAUUAGGAAGAUUUUAGUAGGGGCAUUUGUUAAUCUUUGUUGGAUCUUGACUGUUUUGAUACUGAUUCAUAAACCGAAGAUUUUGGGGAUACUAAGAGCUUGCUCUUAGUUCCCUAGAAAUGAGUUGAAUCAAGUUGAGUUAUUUAACAGGAGAUAAUGAGUUGUAAACUUCAAAAUUAUUUUUUAUGGGUUCCGCUUCCGUGCAAUGUGAUUCAAAGGAAAAACAAGGGUAAUUAUGUUUAUCAGAAUGGAGUUAAAGCAAAACCCUCCAAGGGUUCAAAUUUUCACACGGUUAAGUGUGCAAAGAAACAUGACUGGAUCUCACAAGGGAUCAAAUUUACUCAUUCCUACGGGGAAAAUGUCGAGCAAUUAUGGAAGAAGUUAGGAUUGCAGAGUCGUUGGAUGAUCAAUUCUGUGAGAGAACCUCUUGCUCGCAGCAAGACUUUGGUCAGGUCUGUGACUCCAUUUUGGGAAGAGGGGUUACUUUUAAUUAGGUGCUCUAUUUUUUGUGCAGUCAUGUCUGGGGUGUGCUUGUUAAUGUGGUACGGGCAGUUGAAGGCAAAGAGUUAUGUUGAAGCCAGGUUGUUGCCUCGUGUUUGUGCAUUACUGAGUGACCAUAUUCAGCGUGAACUUGAUUUUGGUAAGGUUCGAAGAAUUUCACCUUUAAGCAUUACUUUGGAGUCGUGCUCAAUUGGGCCUCAUAGCGAAGAGUUCUCUUGUGGUGAGGUGCCCAUUGUCAAACUACGCAUCCUACCUUUUUCUAGUCUGAGAAGGGGGAAAAUUGUGGUUGAUGCGGUUUUGUCUAAUCCAAGUUUGUUGAUAGCACAAAAGAAGAACUACACUUGGUUGGGGAUACCUUAUUAUGAAGGCACUCCUCAUGGGCACUUGUCAACUGAAGAAGGAAUUGAUUAUCGUACGAGGACUAGGAGGGUUACAAGAGAGGAAGCUGUGCUUCGCUGGGAGAGCGAAAGAGAUUGCGCAGCUAGGGAAGCUGCUGAAAAUGGUUAUAUAGUUUCUGAAGCAAAUUGUAGCCUAUCUGAGGGUGAUAUUUCAAAGGAGAGUGCAAGCCUUCCAACAAGGUUGGCAGUCCCCCAAGAGUCAUUUUUCUAUAUGGAUGAUAAAAUACACCAGAGACAGAGAGAUCAUCAUUGCAUGGAUGCUGGUGUGGAGUAUGAUUUAAAGCAUGCUGAUUUAGAGAAAGCGUUUGGUGCAAGAAUUGCUCAAUCCAGGAAUAUCUGGUCAAAAAUUAUACCUGGACCUAUUAGGCAUCAAUUUAAGAGGAAGUCCAAUGGCCGAGAUUUAUCUAUGGCAGGUGUUGCAGCUAAAAGAAGAAUUCUCGAACGUAGUGCAUCAGCCGCGUGUGCAUAUUUCCGGGGUCAAUCCCGUGGGGAAUCGGGAAACUUUACUGGGGCAUCUGGUGCUUGUGAUGUUUUGAAUUUGGGAAAUUCCUUAACACAAACCUGGAGUGAUACUGCCUCCUCCAUUUCUGCUGUAACUAGUUCUGAAAGAGAUGUGAGGAUUGACGAUCAAUAUGCAACACUUAAAAAUGUUGAUAAUAGAGAAGCAGGAGCAACUGAGAAGGGUUUGACUGACGAGAUUAUCCUGGAAGUAGAGAACAAAUUGAAGAAUGGCAGCGUUGUUGGAACAAGUGAUACAAAUAGUUUUUCUGUAAGUAAUGAAGAUUUAGAAGGCAGUGAUACCGAAAAUAGAACUACGGGUGUCAGAAAUGAACCUGGCAGGUCGGUGGAGCAGAUACAGGAUGCACAGAGCGAUAUGUUGAAUAGUCAAAGUGGCCAUGCAUCUCAAUUUUCCGAUUUGAUGGCUCUUGAUCCUUCACCUUCUAUGCAGUAUUUUAAAAACAUUUGGCCUUUGAGCCUGCGCUCGGCUUUCUCCUCCAUGUGUGAAAACAUGAAUGAGGCAUGGUCUUAUUUACUUGUCAGACAUUUGCAAAGGUUGAAGUCUGAGAUUGGUCGGAAAGUUGAGGAUAUUUCUGCAGUACUUUUUGAUGAAAUUGAUGAAGAAAACACUUCAGGCAUUGAUAAGAUUAUUCCCCUAGUUCUUGAUUCUGUCCAUUUUAAAGGUGGUACACUGAUGCUGCUAGCAUAUGGUGACAUGGAGCCGAGAGAAAUGGACGCUGCCAAUGGACAUGUGAAGUUUCAAAAUCAUUAUGGACGUGUGCACGUGCAGCUUAGUGGCAGUUGCAAGAUGUGGAGAUCGGAUACGACAUCUAAUGAUGGUGGCUGGUUGUCAACAGAUGUUUAUGUUGAUACAGAAGAGCAGAAGUGGCACGCAAAUUUGAAAAUUGCGAAUCUCUUUGUUCCGCUCUUUGAGAGGAUUUUAGAACUUCCAAUUACGUGGUCUGAUGGAAGAGCUAGCGGUGAGGUUCACAUAUGCAUGUCAAGAGGAGAAACAUUUCCCAAUCUUCAUGGGCAGCUUGAUGUAACGGGCUCGGCCUUUCACAUAUAUGAUGCUCCAUCACGCUUUUCUGAUAUAUCUGCGAGUUUAUGUUUCCGAGCCCAGCGAAUAUUUUUACACAAUGCCAGGGGUUGGUUUGGUGAUCUUCCUUUAGAAGCUUCUGGAGAUUUUGGCAUCCAUCCAGAGGAAGGAGAGUAUCACCUCAUGUGUCAGGUUCCCUCUGUUGAAGUAAAUGCCUUGAUGAAAACUUUCAAGAUGAAGCCCUUGCUGUUUCCGUUGGCUGGAUCAGUAACCGCCAUUUUCAAUUGCCAAGGCCCAUUGGAUACUCCUACAUUUGUGGGGAGUGCACUGGUCUCAAGGAAACUCACUUAUUUACCUGCCAAUACUCCUGAAUCGACUGCUUAUGAGGCAAUGAUGAAGAAUAAAGAGGCUGGUGCAGUGGCAGCAAUUGACCGCAUUCCAUUCUCUUACAUUUCAGCCAACUUUACUUUCAACACUGAUAACUGUGUUGCUGACUUGUAUGGAAUCAGAGCUACACUUGUAGAUGGUGGUGAAAUUCGGGGAGCGGGGAAUGCGUGGAUUUGCCCUGAGGGUGAGGUCAAUGACACUGCAAUGGAUGUCAACUUUUCGGGCAAUUUAUGUUUUGAUAAAAUCAUGCGCCGAUAUGUACCUGGUUAUCUUCAAUCAAUGCCCCUAAAAUUAGGGGAUUUAAUUGGAGAAACAAAACUCUCUGGGUCAUUGUUGAGACCGAGAUUUGACAUCAAAUGGACUGCGCCAAAAGCUGAAGGAUCAUUUUCUGAUGCUCGUGGAGACAUCAUAAUUUCACACGAUUACAUUUCUGUUAAUUCCUCAUCAGUUGCUUUUGAAUUAUGCACAAAAAUUCUGACAUCAUAUCCCGAUGAGAACUGGUUAAAUUGGAAAGAGUAUGGUAUAGAAGUUGCCAUGCCUUUCUCUGUGGAAGGAAUUGAAUUGGAUUUAAGAAUGCGCAACUUUGAGUUUUUCAACUUGGUCUCUUCUCAUGCUUUUGAUUCUCUGAGACCUGUGCAUUUGAAAGCAACUGGAAGAGUUAAGUUUCAAGGAAAGGUCAAUAAGAUUUCUCCUAUCAAUAACGAGCAAGUCUUGGGUUCUGAUAAAAAUUCAGAAUUUCCGUUGAUGGAAGUUAAUGAAGAUUCAAAGAGUCUUUCUGGUGAUGUUUCAAUAUCGGGUCUUAAACUGAAUCAGUUGAUGCUGGCACCCCAGUUAGCUGGAGUAUUGAGUAUCACAUCUACGGGUAUCAAGUUGGAUGCCACGGGUAGGCCAGAUGAAAAUCUUGCAGUGGAGAUCGUAGGACCGCUGCAGCCUAUUUCUGAGGAAAAUAUAUUUGGAAAAAUGGUGUCCUUUUCUCUUCAGAAAGGACAUCUGAAAGCUAAUGCAUGCUACCAACCUCUGCAUUCAGCUAACUUGGAGGUACGCCAUUUGCCACUGGAUGAACUGGAAAUAGCUUCGCUUCGUGGAGCAAUUUCAAGGGCAGAACUUCAGCUGAACUUUCAAAAAAGAAGGGGUCAUGGUGCAUUAUCUGUCCUACGGCCAAAAUUCAGUGGUGUGUUGGGUGAAGCUUUAGAUGUGGCUGCUAGGUGGAGUGGGGACGUGAUCACUCUCGAAAAAGCUGUUUUGGAACAAAGUACGAGCAAAUAUGAACUGCAAGGGGAGUAUGUAUUGCCUGGCUCCCGUGAUCGAAACCCUGCUGGCAAAGAAAAAGGUAAUCUGUUUCAGAAAGUAAUAACUGGUCAUCUGGGUAGUAUGAUAUCUUCAAUGGGCCGAUGGAGAAUGAGACUUGAGGUCCCUAAAGCUGAGAUUGCUGAGAUGCUUCCACUUGCAAGGCUGCUUUCUCGAAGUUCUGACCCUGCUGUUCAAUCCAGAUCGAAGGACUUUUUCAUGCAAAGUUUGCAAUCUGUGGGAUUGUGUGCUGAAGACCUACAAAAACUACUUGAGGAAGUUCGGGGUCAUUGUACUGCAUCAGAUGAAGUUGUCCUUGACGAGUUCAAUCUUCCAGGUCUAGCUGAGCUUAAAGGUUCCUGGUGGGGCUCUCUGGAUGCAAGUGGAGGAGGCAAUGGAGACACGAUGGCUGAAUUUGAUUUUAAUGGGGAGGAAUGGGAGUGGGGAGCAUAUAAGACCCAGCGUGUUUUAGCAGCUGGAGCAUACAGCAACAAUGAUGGUUUGCGCCUUGAAAAAAUCUUUAUCCAAAGGGAAAAUGCUACAAUCCAUGCAGAUGGGACGUUAUUAGGGCCGAAAACAAAUUUGCAUUUUGCUGUUCUGAACUUUCCUGUUGGUUUAGUUCCUACAGUGGUUCAGGUUAUUGAAACUUCAGCCACUGAUACUGUUCAUUCUUUGCGUCAACUUUUGGCACCAAUAAAAGGCAUACUGCAUAUGGAAGGGGAUCUUAGAGGGAAUCUAGCUAAACCUGAAUGCGAUGUUCAAGUAAGGCUCCUGGAUGGAGCAAUCGGAGGAGUCGAUCUUGGGAGGGCAGAAAUUGUUGCUUCUCUGACCUCAACCAGCCGUUUCCUAUUCAAUGCAAAAUUUGAACCCAUAGUUCAGAAUGGUCAUGUACAUAUUCAAGGAAGUAUUCCUGUAACAUUUGUGCAAAAUAAUGUUUCAGAGGAAGAAAACACAGAAAGUGAUAAAAAUGAUGGAGCAUGGGUUCGUGGUUGGGGCACAGAGACAAGUAAAGCAUCUACAGAUGAAGCUACUGAUCGGAAGGGGCCCAGAGAAAUAAAUCAAGAGGUUUGGGACACUCAGAUGGCAGAAAACCUUAGAGGUCUGAACUGGAACAUACUGGAUGUAGGAGAAGUUAGAAUCGAUGCUGAUAUUAAAGAUGGUGGCAUGAUGUUGCUAACUGCACUAUCUCCUUAUGCUAAAUGGCUCCAUGGCAAUGCUGAAAUUAUACUUCAGGUAAGGGGGACUGUUGAACAACCUGUGCUUGAUGGGUCUGCAUCUUUCCACAGGGCAACAGUAUCUUCACCUGUGCUUUGGAAACCACUUACCAACUUUGGAGGCACGGUUCUUGUGAAUUCAAAUAGGCUGUGCAUCAGUUCGCUGGAAGGUAGAAUAAGCCGAAAAGGAAGACUGUAUGUGAAAGGGAAUCUGCCCCUCAGGACGAGUGAGGCAUCUCUUAGCGACAAACUUGACUUGAAAUGCGAGGUUUUAGAAGUUCGUGCAAGGAAUAUCCUGAGCGGUCAGGUUGAUACCCAGUUGCAAAUUACUGGAUCCAUAACGCAACCAAACAUAUCUGGAAAUAUAAAGAUUAGCCACGGAGAAGCUUAUCUACCACAUGACAGGGGUAGUGGAACUGCUCCCUUCCCUAGAGACAUAUCAAAUCGACCAAAGCUGCCAGGUGGUAGUUACAGCCGGAUAGCUGCAUCGAAGUAUGUUUCACGCUUUCUCAAUCUAAUACCUGCUACGUCAAAUAUCCUGUUCCAUCAACCAUCUGGUGACCAAGAUGAUGCAAAGGAGUUGCUGCAGGCAACUAGUAAGCCAAAAUUAGAUGUCCACCUUACAGACUUAAGGAUUGUUCUCGGGCCUGAAUUAAGGAUAGUUUAUCCUUUGAUCCUCAAUUUUGCUGUUAGUGGAGAACUGGAAUUAAAUGGCCUGGCUCAUCCCAAAUUGAUAAAACCUAAAGGCAUUCUAGCAUUCGAGAAUGGUGAUAUAAAUCUCGUUGCUACACAGGUGCGGCUUAAGAGAGAGCAUCUGAAUAUAGCAAAAUUUGAGCCUGAAAAUGGACUUGAUCCUAUGCUAGAUUUAGCUCUGGUUGGAUCAGAAUGGCAAUUUAGGAUUCAAAGUCGGGCUAGUAAAUGGCAGGAGAAAUUGGUGGUGACUUCAACACGUUCUGUGGAGCAAGACGUCCUUUCACCUACUGAGGCAGCUAGAGUCUUUGAGAGUCAGUUAGCUGAAUCCAUACUAGAAGGUGAUGGCCAGCUUGCAUUUAAGAAGCUUGCCACUGCUACACUUGAGACCUUGAUGCCAAGGAUAGAAGGCAAGGGAGAAUUUGGACAAGCAAGGUGGAGGCUUGUUUAUGCUCCUCAGAUCCCAAGUUUACUUUCUGUUGAUCCUUCCAUCGAUCCUCUCAAGUCUCUAGCCAACAACAUAUCAUUCGGAACAGAAGUGGAAGUUCAGCUUGGAAAACGUCUUCAGGCCUCCGUGGUAAGGCAGAUGAAGGAUUCGGAGAUGGCAAUGCAGUGGACCUUGAUCUACCAGCUCACAAGUCGUCUACGUGUGCUCCUUCAAUCUGCUCCGUCCAAGCGCCUCCUCUUUGAAUACUCGACGUCCUCGCAAGACUAGCUUGGCUACAUUUACUUGCAAGAAAGCAAAAUGUUACUUCGAGGAAUAAUCCCAAGUUUAUUUUCUGUAAAUGACAGGUUUAAGUGUUGUUAGCAUGUAGUCACUGAUUUUUCUCUCGAUAGGGAGCGGUCAUUGAAUUUAAUUGUUGUAAAUACCUCGUUGUUCUUUGCUCAAUGAAUGAGCUUGUUUAUAGAUUCAAUAUAUAAGCCUAUUAUCAAAGGUGUGAGAAAAGUAUAUAUUUAUCUGGAUCAAA